AUGCAUUUUACCAAAGUCUUCGCUCUUGUUGCCAUCUUCGCUACCGGCGCCCUUGCUGCUCCUGUCGCCGAGGCCGAUGCUACCCCUCCAAAGCCUGUGAAGCCGGUUAUCAACAAGCCGAAGAUCAACAUAGCCACCCAGACUAAUGUCUGUGGCAAUGGCGUUACCCCGUUCUGUUGCACUAGUGACAACAAGGGCAGCUCCAGCUGCAAGGCGAUGAGUCAAGGCGCUAUAUGCCAAACCACUAUCGUCUGCUGCAAUGCUCAGGAUAGCCUCCAAGUGUGCACUGGGAAUAUCAACGUCAUCGUCGUCUCUUAG